GCUUCGAUCCCCAGACCGAGUCAGAUCGGCAAACGGUUAACGGACAAUAGUAGACGCGUGCCACAAGCCAAAAUACCGGGAGCCAAAUAUACCUAGAGCAUCGCUAUUAAUUCCAUUUUAAUCAAUCUACGUAGAUAUUGACUUGAGAGUAAAAUAUUGCAAGGAAAUAAACCAGUUUAAAAUUGACAAGUCCAUUAUCCGGCGCUGCAGCUACUAUUGAUCAUAUCUCGAGUCCUCGCGAUUCAUACAAAAUACAAAUCCUUUAAUCGUCUCGAUCAUAGAUUCCUUUGCUUGUUUGCCAUUUUUCCUCGUUAUCGUUUAUUCUCCCUGCACGUUUUGCGGUAAUUAGCGACGAGAGAGAAACCGGUAACAAGUAUCUAAAACGUGAAACAGUGUGAAAACCAUCUUCGAUCCUUCGAUAUCUUUUUAUCGAAGAUACAGACACCAAGUGCCGUUGACGUGGGAAAUUUCGUAGAGGAGAAAAAGGAAAUCUUACAGGAGAGAAGAUGCCCGCUCUAGCGUUCAGCACAACAACCUACUUCCUCAUCACCAUCACCAUGGUUGCUGUAAUCCUGGUAUUCUUAGACUACCUGCGAUCCCGAAAACCCGUGAAGAGCAUCGUAGACACGGAAACGCCGCUGCUUCCCGAGCCACCAGGACCAAAACCCUGGCCGAUCCUUGGCUCCCUCCACAUUCUGGGACGCUACGACGUGCCCUACAAGGCGUUCGCCGACCUAGCGAGGAUCUACGACAGCCAGAUAAUAAAAUUGAGAAUGGGAUCGGUUCCUUGCGUCGUGGUGAAUGGCCUGGAGAACAUUAAGGAAGUCCUGAUCACUAAGGGGGCGCAGUUCGACUCGAGACCAAACUUCGCAAGAUACCACCAGCUAUUCUGUGGGGACAAGGAAAACUCGCUUGCCUUCUGCGACUGGUCCGAGGUCCAGAAGUCCCGGAGGGAGACCCUCAGGGCGCACACCUUUCCCAGGGCGUUCACUGCCAAGUACGACCAGCUUAAUUCCAUCAUCGGACAGGAGGUUGAGGGCUUGGUUGAGUACCUGAACAUCGAGAGUUCUCGGGGCUCCGGUGCUGUGGCUGCAAAGCCGCUGAUCCUUCACACCUGCGCUAACAUAUUUACCAACUACUUCUGCUCGAAGAGAUUCGACCUGGACCAUUCGGAAUUCCGUGGGAUGAUAGAGAACUUCGACAAAGUGUUCUACGAGGUAAACCAGGGUUAUGCGGCCGACUUCAUGCCCUUCCUGAUGCCUCUACACCAACGAAAUAUGGCCAGAAUGGCCAACUGGAGUCAUAAGAUCAGGCAAUUCGUCGAGAGCGAGGUGAUUGAGGACAGGCUCGAGUCCUGGACCGAUGUUGUGCCGGAAAACGACUACGUUGACUGCCUCGUUAACCACGUGAGGUCCUUCGCCGAGCCUAAGAUGUCCUGGGACACCGCGUUAUUCGCCCUUGAGGACAUCGUCGGGGGGCAUUCGGCCGUUGGUAAUCUCCUCGUAAAGGUACUCGGCUACCUCGUAGCCAAUCCGAAAGUCCAGCUGAGGGCUCAGGCCGAGAUCGACGCCGUAGGCACCGUGGAUGAAUGCCAAUCGGUUGGACUUAAGCAUCGUGGUUCUAUGCCGUACACCGAGUCCAUAGUCCUGGAGGCAAUCAGGAUGAUCACUAGUCCGAUAGUUCCUCACGUUGCAAACCAGGAGAGCUCAGUAGCCGGGUACAGAGUCGAGAAGGGCUCGCUGAUAUUCCUCAACAACUACGACCUCAACAUGUCCCCGGAACUUUGGACUGAACCAACCGAGUUUAAGCCCGAGAGGUUCGUUGUGAAUGGCAGGAUAUCAAAGCCUGAGCAUUUUCUACCAUUCGGUGGUGGCAGGAGAUCAUGUAUGGGUUACAAGAUGGUACAGUAUCUCAGUUUUUCAAUAUUAGCGACGAUAUUGAAAAACUUUACCAUAUUGCCGGUCGACGGCGAGGUGUACAAGGUGCCGAUCGGCAACUUAGCGCUACCCGAGAACUCUUUCAACUUCCGGUUCCAGCGGAGAUAACUUUUACUGGAUUGUUUCUUUUCAUUACCCGAAAGAAUUGGGGAUGAUAGGAUUGAUUAGAGAAAAGUUAUAUGAACGGAAUAAGAUUGCACCUAUACUCGUUUAGGUUUCAAGCUCUACUGACAUUAUUAGUCAUUUAAUAAUACAUAUAUACGUAUAUGUUUAAACGAGAUCCAUAUAUAUAUAUAUAUAUAUAUAUAUAUAUAUAUAUAUAUAUAAUAUAUACAUAUUAUACGUACAGUAUGUGUAUACGAUAUAUACUCGUAUACGUGUCAAGGUAGAAAGGUAGCGUUAUUAUCACAAGGGAAGAACAAAAAAAGCCCUUUCGUUUUGUACAUACAAAAUAUCGAUAUAGUUUCUACUCUGUUGUUAUACGAUCGAUCAUUUUGCAGUAUCCUCGAGAACGAAAUCGUAAAACGUUCAAAGAGGUUUAUUAGAGAUGCAAUUUCCGAUUAGAUGUAGAGCGUUAUUCUAGCAAUGGUUUCUCUCUCUUUCUCUCUUUUUCUCUCUCUCUCUCGCUGUCUCUCUCCCUCUUUGUCUCUCUCUUUUCUAUGUAGGUUUAUUAAGGAAAUAAACAAAAUACGCAGUCACCCAAUUAUUCGAUUCGGCGAUUUUCAUUAUUGUAUAUAAUACACUUGAACAACAAA